ACUGAAUCAUAACAAACUGUGAGUCAAGUAUAAAUUGUUAGUUUAUUAUCUUAUCGCAAUCAACAAUAAAUUAAUGCAUAAUUAUGUGAUAAUAAAAAAUAUAAAAUUCAUUCAUAUAAACUAUAAUUGUACACAUAAAUUUUAAAAACUAAAAAUUAAUAACAUAUUUAAGUAACGAACCAAACACAAAAUAAAUUCUUGAAUUAAAAUGAAUCCACAAUUUAUAUCAUUUUUAUUAACUAUUACAUUGGUUCAAGGCUUUAUAUAUUUGGGUCUUUCAAUAUGGGGUUUGGUUAUGGGAAAAUGUUCGCAUGAUGCGUCUCAUAUUACCAAUCAAGCGACCCUAUUUACAAUGGAUUUAUUGUAUUUACAAGGAAAAUAUUGCGGUAACUCAAAUGUGUCAAUUUUAGGUAUUUCAAAACCUGUAAUUUUAAACCUUGAUUGGACGAUGGCGGAAUAUACUAAGCUUCGCACAUUUAUUGUUUUAAUUUUAUAUACAAUUAUAAGUUGUUUGUGGAUAAUUUUAUCUCUAGCUUGUCUGUCUGCUGUCUAUAAAUCAAAUUUUAAAAAACCGGUAAAUAAGUGCCUAAGUGCCUUGUGGCUUUUAGCUAUUUUAGGUGGUAGUAUAAUAGAUGGUAUAGCAACAGCUUUUUACGCAUACGAUAUUCCUUAUACAACGUCAGCUGCUUCAACUUUUCAGUAUCUUAAGAUAACAGUUGACGCAUUGACGAUGGCCUAUUUGGAAGAGUUUGAUGUAUAUUUUACAACACCGGCCUUAAUUAUGACGGUGUUAACUUGUAGAGUUGGUAUACUUUGGUUUAUUAAUAUUUUCGGAUGUGGUUUAUGUGUAGCAGCAAUGACAAGACUUCCCAUAAAAUUAAAGAAUAUUGAAGAAAAUAGGACUUAUUCUAAUAAAUAAUAGCCAGUGGCAAACAGUAUUGGAUGAUUACAAUAAAAAUACAUACUAACAAGUAACAUUGCAUAAACCACAUCGCAAAUUUUAACGACAUCGGAAUAAUGCUGAUACAACUUCAAUAAUUAAGUUUUACACAAUUGAUAUUUAAAUGAAUAAUGGUAGUAUAACUUCAAAUACACAUUUUACAAUAAAAAAUCUGUGGACUUAGCGCAUAAAAUAUAGCUAGAAAAAAUGCUAAGUCCUUGCAAGUUGCUAUUAUAUUAUCGGA